GCCACCUUGUCAGUUCAACCAUGAAGGCAGAGGCAGUGCCUCCGUUGCCGGAGACUUCAGUGGAGUCCAACUGGAACCUCAGUAAUCUGAUGAGUAGCCGGAAGCUGAUGGCCGUGGGGGUCUUGCUCGGCUGGCUCCUGGUCAUACACCUUCUGGUCAAUGUAUGGCUUCUGUGCCUUCUCUCUGCAUUGCUGGUGGUGUUGGGAGGGUGGCUGGGCUCCAGCGCCAUUGCGGGGGCUUCAGGUCGGCUGCACCUGGAACGCUUCAUCCAGGUGGCCACCUGCCCUCCAUGCCCCGAGGCAGAAAGGCAACUGGAACAGGAGAUCAGCCGCACUAUCCAGAUGAUUAUUCGGGAUUUUGUGUUAUCUUGGUAUCGUUCAGUGAGUCAGGAGCCAGCCUUUGAGAAAGAGAUAGAGGCAGCCAUGAAAGGGUCGGUUCAGGAGCUUCGGAGGAGGAUAAGUAUGAUGGAUAGUCAUGCUCUUGUCCAGAGUGUCCUGACUCUCUGCGGUUGUCACCUGCAGAGCUACAUUCAGGCAAAAGAAGCUACAGCAGGGAAGCAGAAUGGUCCAGUUGAGCCCUCCCAGAUCUGGGAGGCUUACUGCCGGACUGCUGUCCCACAUCCUGCAGUGCACAGCCCCAGUACUGAAGUGACCUAUACCCGUGGCAUUGUGGGUUUGUUACUUCAAGAACUCGUGCCCAAGUCCCACUUGGAGACUCGGACCGGACGUCACAUAGUGGUUGAACUCAUUACUUGCAAUGUAGUCUUACCCCUGAUCAGCAGGAUGUCGGAUCCUGACUGGAUCCACCUUGUCCUCGUGGGUAUCUUUUCCAAGGCCAAAGAUCCAGCACAAGUGGCUAAACCAGUCUGCACAACCAGUGCCCUUGAACAGCCCUCAGUGCCCACAUCUCUGCCACUGAUUGCUGAGGUAGAGCAAAUGCCAGAAGGGAGAGCCCCUUCUCCAGUAGCAGCCCCAGUGUUCCUAAGCAUCAGUGAGCCAGAGGGGCCUUCAGGUCCCUCCCCAGAGAUUGAAGAAGGCCAUGAAGCUGUAGAGGAAGAUUUGGGUGGGAUGUCUGAAGAAAGAAAAAUAGGAAACAACUCAUCUCAUUUCCUGCAGCCAGAUAUUCGAGGCCCCCUAUUUUUCUGUGAAGACUCGGAACUGGAGUCACCACUCUCUGAACUGGGCAAAGAAACCAUCAUGCUCAUGACUCCAGGCAACUUUCUCUCUGACAGGAUCCAGGAUGCCCUGUGUGUCCUAGAGGGUUCCCAGGCUCAGGAGCCUAAGGAUAGUGAGGGAUCUGAAGGCAUUGAAGGAUCAGAGACUGAGGAGGUUCUGGGAACAGAAACAGAGACAGGCCUACUGGUCUCCUCACUGAACUCCUGUCCAGAGAUCCAGAUUAACACAGCAGACAAGGAGGUAGAGCAAGAAGACAUCACUUCUACAGCUUUGCUGGAAGGGCCGGAAAAGCCCUGCCUCCCACGACCCUUGUGCUUAGAGAAGGAUCUCACCAAUGGUAUGAGUUCCCUUGAUCCUAGUCUGCCACCAGUUCUGCUUUCCUCCUCUCCACCUGGUCCUCUCAGCUCUGCCACCUUCAGCUUUGAGCCCCUGAACAGUCCAGAUGGCCCAGUUGUUAUCCAGAACCUUCGUAUCACUGGUACCAUCACCGCCCGAGAACACAGUGGCACCGGAUUCCACCCAUACACACUCUACACUGUGAAGUAUGAGACAGCCCUUGACGGUGAGAACAGCAGCGGCCUGCAGCAACUGGCCUACCAUACUGUGAACCGCCGCUACCGGGAAUUCUUGAAUCUGCAGACUCGUCUGGAGGAGAAACCAGAUCUACGAAAGUUCAUCAAAAAUGUGAAGGGUCCUAAAAAGCUGUUUCCAGAUCUUCCAUUUGGAAACAUGGACAGUGACAGAGUAGAAGCCCGUAAGAGCCUCCUGGAAUCAUUCCUAAAGCAACUCUGUGCCAUUCCUGAGAUCGCUAACAGUGAGGAGGUGCAGGAGUUCCUUGCUCUGAACACAGAUGCUCGUAUUGCCUUUGUCAAGAAACCAUUUAUGGUCUCUAGAAUAGACAAGAUGGUGGUGAGUGCUAUUGUGGACACUUUGAAGACAGCAUUUCCUCGCUCUGAACCCCAGAGCCCCACAGAGGAGCUCAGUGAGGCUGAGUCUGAAAGCAAGUCCCAGACAGAAGGCAAAAAGGCAAGCAAGUCCAGACUGAGGUUCUCAUCCAAAAUUGCUCCAGUGCUAAGUGUAACUGAUGUACAAGACAAGAUCCUCUAUUGUCUCCAGGAAGGCAACAUGGAAUCAGAGAUCCCAUCCAUGUCUGGGAUGGAAUCCUUUAUUGAAAAACAAACGAAGUUACUGGAAAUGCAGCCACCAAAAGCCCCAGAAAGAGAUCCUGAACAAAUCCCUGAAGAAUAUGUAGACAGUUGCUUGUCAGAUGUAGCCAUGCCAACCCGAGACCUCAGCGAUAGUGAUCCGGGAACAGAGACAGAGUUAGCUGACACAGCCCUGGAUCUGCUUCUCUUGCUGCUAAUGGAACAGUGGAAAUGGCUAUGUACUGAAAACAUGCAGAAAUUUUUUCGUCUCAUCUUUGGAACUCUAGUUCAAAGGUGGCUAGAAGUGCAGGUAGCUAACCUAACAAGUCCACAGCGCUGGGUGCAGUACCUCCGGCUUCUUCAGGAGUCCAUCUGGCCUGGUGGAAUUUUGCCUAAGUUUCCACGGCCUGUGAGGACCCAGGAACAGAAAGUGGCUGCUGAGAAACAAGCAUUGCAGAGCCUGAUGGGAGUCUUGCCAGAUUUUGUAAUAGAAAUCCUUGGAGUGAACAAAUGCCGUCUAAGCUGGGGUCUAGUCUUAGAGUCACUACAACAACCCCUCAUCAACAGGCACUUGGUUUACUGCCUUGGGGACAUCAUCCUGGAAUUUUUGGAUCUCAGUGCCUCUGUUGAGGAGUCUGCAACAACCACCUCUGCCUCAGAUGCCCCAGGCAACCCUAAGAGGAUAGGUGUCUCCCCUUAGCUGUAGGUUAUUCAUGCGUCCUUCCAAGGCAAGGCUAGGACAGUUCCUCUGCCACUCAGAGAACUGUCAGAAAGCCUGUGUCCUUCCGGCUCAGAAGACCUAGGGUGUCAGUGGCUCAAUUAUUCCCUCUAGUUCUGCUCUAUCUAUAGUAGAUGACAGAGGGAUAUAUGUCCCAAUUGUAUGCACAUCCAUGUUUAUGUCUUCUUUGUGGUGUUUGGAUUGCUGCUGGUGAGUAGAUCAUCUUUUCUGUGGAAAAGGAAGCUGUGAGGUAGAGGAAUUAGCCCCUUUUGCUUCUCCUUUUGCCUUCCUCCCUAACAUUGUUUGCCAAAGCCCUGGUCAUGUGCACGUAUGUCCACCAGCAUAUAAACUCUGGAUAGAACAGGAAAAAAACUAAAACCAGAUUUGCUUGGUGGAGACAACAAUCUUCUGAGCUCUCUGUUCCUACCUGGAAACUGAAAAUAUAUUCAGGGCCACUCUUGAAAGCCCAAUCCCUAGGUCCAGCCUAGUCUCCCAAUAAUUCCAGGAGAAGAUAAAGGGAACCAACUUCUCAAGGGACUUCUUGGUCAUUGGCUAUUUUCCAAUACAUGAGCCUUAUGGAGGGUAUCAUGAAGGCUGCUUCCCUGGGUGGCUACACUUUUCCUGUCCAGAAGAUUUCAAAGCAGACUGCCAAACCUGGUAAAUCCACCCCACCCUUUCCUGAAAGGGAGUUGUACCACAGAUUUUUUUUAUUAGCUUUCCUCCCAACCCCCUGCCCGAGAGCAAUUGAGCUUUUGAAUUUGUGACCUCUCUAUCUUCAGCAACAUUACGUGACAAGUUGCAUAGUCAGCCUCAGUGUUUCCAAAGAGAAGGUAAAACACUUGCCCCAUGUCCAAGAAUGCCCACAGAAUAGAAAGCCCAGGGGAUGAAGGAAUCUCUCAUCACAAGUCUUUAGCAGGGAAUUUUUACUCUGAACAGAUAAUAUUAGCAAACGUGCCAAGAAUAGCUUUUUACUUCCUGUUUCUUAACGUUGUAAUAAGACUUUAAGAACACCAGCAAUAAAAGCAAAGAUGCUCUGUCAGGUUGCAGCAUCUGUUAGCAAGGCAGCACAAUUUUUAGGAAUUUCUGGGAGAAAGGGAGACAGAGGAAAGUCACAGGGAAGUGCUUAUAUUACAUGCAUGUGAGUAGCUAGCAGAGAGGUGGCAGGGGUGUCCCUGAAUGCCCUUUAGCUUCACACUUGCCUGUUAGCAUCCUGCUUUCAUCAAAUCACAAGAUCCUUCCACUUGGAAGAGGCCUCAUCUUGGAGCUAGGCUGAUGAGAAUGGAGUGGGGCAUCAAGAACAAGUAUCAAGGUUCUCUUAGACUCUGAAGUAGGUAAUGAGCACACAAUUAAAGUAGUUGGUGAAGAAA